UCCUUCACUCGUUGUCUGAUUUCCACCCGGGAUACAAGCCGGAGUUAAAACGAUCUUUUACUGGAAAUUCGUGUUCACUGAUAUUACCAGUUUGGAUUUAAAUAACAAAACCGACUGUGGAUCAAGAUGACACUGAUUAACUCUGAUUAAAGAAUAUUUUUUUAGACUUAAAGGUCCAUCGGACAUUAUGCUGUAAGUGCUGGACCCAAGCUGAGAAAAUUUUUGUUACCCUGGGAAACAAACAAAUUAAAACUUUCUGGCCUGACCAUGUUUUGGCCCACAGUUAAAGACACAUUGUCCAACAGCUUUCCAUGAUGUGACUGGAUCUAGAGGUGACUAUCGCACCUAACAUGAUGGAAUCUGGUUUAUCACCUUCCCCAAAUCCUCUACACCUCAAAACCAAUCACUAUGUCAAUUACAGCAACAACAACAAGAGUGGCCUUGUUGAUAGAGACUCAAUGAAUGUCAGUCACACCCUGACCCCCCAUGACAGCUUCCACAAUGCCCUACUUGGAAUCUUUCUGGGACUGCUUUCACUGCUCACUGUCAUCAUGAACCUGCUUGUUCUCUACGCCGUGAAGAGAGAGAAGAGCCUCCACACUGUCGGGAACCUCUACAUUGUCAGCCUGUCGGUGGCAGAUCUGAUUGUAGGGACCACAGUUAUGCCUCUGAACCUGGUGUAUAUUUUGGAGGAUGAAUGGAAGCUAGGCCGGGCUGUCUGCCAAUUCUGGCUUAUUAUGGACUACGUGGCUAGCACAGCCUCAAUUUUCAGCUUGUUUAUUCUUUGUUUGGAUCGGUACCGCUCUGUCAGACAGCCGCUUAAAUACCUGAAAUAUCGCACACGGGGCCAAGCCAGUGUGAUGAUUUCUGGAGCGUGGCUGCUGUCAAUGACAUGGAUUAUUCCUAUUUUAGGAUGGAGGUCUUUCACACAUGUAGACCUUAAGCCAGAGAAGGAGAACAAAUGUGACACAGAUUUUCGCUUUGUCACGUGGUUUAAAGUCAUUACUGCUGUCUUCAACUUUUAUAUACCCUCAAUUUUGAUGCUGUGGUUUUAUACGCACAUCUACUUGGCAGUAAGGCAACAUCUACGGGACAGAGAGAGAAUCAUUCAUCCCACUGAUUCAUUUGGGGAAAAUGAACAUGGACGAAAUACUGAAACGCCUGACAAAGAUGACUCCAAAUCACCCAAGAUGAAAAGUGAGGUUCCAGUGAAACUAUCUAAAAAACGACUGCUGGACCAGAACACUCUGGAUCAAACAUAUUUCCUUGAAGAUGCAAAUAAAACCAAAACAGCGCCAUUGAGAGCACACAGAAAAAUUGGUGUAAAGUGCCAGGAGAUGUCACUGCUUGACAUUACCACAAAACGACUCAGAAUGGCACGAAAGACUAAAAGGUGCUCCUUGUCUCCUAAAGACAAGCAGCCAGACAAAGAGAGUUCCCUGGGUCCGCCCUCAGUGCCACAAGAGAUGAUUUGUCCAGAGAGUAGCAGUAAGAACAAACAAACAGCGCCAAACUCAGUAAGCAGAGUCUGCGAUGUCAGUCAGGUUUCAGAUGUGCAGAGAUGUACAUCUGUGCUGUACAACAACUAUGACCUCGCUCACACUCUGCCCUGGACCGAGGAGGGGGUUGAAGAAGUCAAAUUAGAUUCAGCAAAUGCAGUGACACUGAAAGUGACGUGGCAGAAGUUUAUUGACCAGUCACGCCAGCGUAUACAGAGCCUGAGGAUCCAUAAAGAGCACAAAGCAGCCAAGCAGUUAGGCUUCAUAAUCGCUGCUUUUUUGUUAUGUUGGAUACCGUACUUCAUAGCUUUCAUGGUGAUGGCAUUCUGCAAAGAGUGUGUGCACCAUGAUCUUCACAUGUUCACCAUUUGGCUAGGUUACAUCAACUCCACUCUCAAUCCUUUUAUAUACCCACUCUGCAAUGGGAACUUUAAGCGGGUUUUCAAAAAUAUUCUGAACAUUAAUUUGUGACAGACUUGUGGAAAAAAGAACAAAGAAAGAGACCAAGGCCAUGUGUCUGAAUACUGCUGAUGAGGAGGGAACAAUGCUCCCAGUAAAACACAGUUGAAUCAGUGAAAUGCCUACAAGACGUCCUUGUCUAAACCUGUAAACGUAUUUUACUUGUGUCAGCUAUAUCUGCUUGGCUCUAUUUCUGUAAUUUAUUGCACUUUGCCUCUGACUCAUUUCAACAGCUGAAUCUGAUUUUAUUUAUUUUGUUUAUGUUAUGCUAAUGAUAAAGGACUGAAAAGGACUGUGUAAAACCAGAGGCCUUUAAAAGUGAAAAGUAUUUGAAUGCUAACCUACAGGAGCACAAAUUUAGUGUUUUGGUCAUGGCUGUGGUCCAGGAGGAGAAGAGACAGGGAACGUAUGUAUAGCAUAAAAUGUGUUUUAAAGAAAACCUUUUUUUGUAUUGUUUUGUUUUUUGCAGUAUUAAUAUACAGGAUCAGUCAUGUAUCUUGAUAAUGAUACAACCUGCAAAACAUUUAAACAUUUACAAGUACUACCAUGCGUUGUUUUCUCAUUAAAACAGGAUAUGGGACAUUGGUUGUCUUCCAUCAGUUUUCUGAUGUUAGUUCAGGAAAAAAAAUCUAAUCUUGGCUACUGUCAAGCUGUUACCCCAGGGAGAGCUGAUUCACAGUCACUUGUCCCUUUAUUUCACCCAUUUUUGUGGGACUUUGAAACAUGGAAUGAUGAAAUGGCAUUGUAUUGUAAGCACAUUUAAAUCACCAUAUUAACAAUAAUCAGCCUAUAGAAAUGGUCUGGUUCUUUCUGUUUGUGCUUUGUCAUCUCUUUAUUGUCAUGAAGUAGAAGAAUGAGUAUAUCAACAAAGAAAUACAAAGAAACUAACAGAACAAAUAACACAUAUAUUUAAACCGUUCAGUGUCUGCAUAGCACUACUUAUACAACCUUUUGUCAAACUGUGAAAGGAUUUUGCUUUUCCUCACUGAUUGCUAAGCUUUUUACUUUCUUCUGUUUUAUGAUGUGAUGUAGCAUAUUGAUUAAAUAUUUGGAACAAGUGCACAAACAGCAUUCCAUUAGGCUUCAGAGACAAAGCAUAUCAACGCAAUUUUGUCUCCCACUACAAAAGUCUAUGCCUGAAACCCUGCUGUGAGAACAUUAAGUGGUUACAAUUAACAUUUUUUAACACAUGUAAUGUCAUUUCAGACUUUGUGGUCAGAUUUUCAAAAACAACUUCUUCAUAUCUAUCCAUCCAUUAUCUAUAUCACUUAUCCUGACAAGGGUCACAGGGGGGCUGGAACCA